GAUCCCUGGAUCUGACAAUUACUGAAAAAUGGCAUUCGGCACCAUAACCUCAUUGCUGGGCAUGAUUCCGCUGCUGGCAAUUGGUAUGAAUUAUUAUCGCUAUCAGACAGUGGAUCCGGAAAAUAAGGUGCAGGAGGCGAGUGUGAUUCGAGGCCAAUAUGACUUCGUGGUGAUUGGUGGCGGUUCGGCGGGAGCAGUGGUGGCCAACCGCCUGUCGGAGAUAAAAAAUUGGACAGUCUUGCUGCUGGAGGCCGGAGGAGAUGAAAAUGAAAUAUCCGAUGUGCCCACCCUGGCUGGGUUCUUGCAGCUUACCGAAAUGGAUUGGAAAUAUCAAACAACCCCCUCGGCAACCCGCCAGUACUGCUUAGCCAUGAAGGGAGAUCGUUGUUUUUGGCCACGUGGCAAAGUGUUGGGUGGCUCCAGUGUCCUCAAUGCCAUGGUCUAUGUGAGAGGUUCGAAAAAUGACUACAACCAUUGGGAAUCGCUGGGCAAUCCCGGUUGGGGUUAUGAAGAUGUCCUCCGUUACUUCCUAAAAUCGGAGGAUGUUCGCAAUCCCUACCUGGCCCAAACGCCAUAUCACGAGACGGGAGGUUAUCUCACGGUUCAGGAGUCACCCUGGCGCACACCUCUCUCAAUUGCCUUCCUGCAAGCCGGCAUGGAAAUGGGCUAUGAAAAUCGGGAUAUAAAUGGCGAGAAGCAAACCGGGUUCAUGUUGACCCAAUCCACCAUGAGAAGGGGGUCGCGCUGCAGUACCGGCAAGGCUUUUAUACGCCCUGUGAGGUUGCGGAAAAAUCUCGAUGUCCUGCUACAUGCCCAGGCCACGCGCAUUAUUUUAGAUGAAAACAAAAGGGCGACGGGGGUGGAAUUUGUCAAGAAUGGCCAUAAAAAUGUGGUCUUUGUGCGGCGUGAAAUCAUUUCCAGUGCCGGUGCCAUAAAUAGUCCUCAGCUACUGAUGCUGUCCGGUAUUGGUCCUGCCGAACAUUUACAGGAGUUGGGUAUACCGGUGGUGUCCGAUUUACCAGUGGGCAAUAAUCUGCAGGAUCAUGUGGGUCUGGGGGGUCUUACCUUUGUGGUCGAUGCCCCUCUCACGGUGACCCGCAGUCGUUUCCAAACCAUGCCAGUCAGCAUGGAAUAUAUCUUGCGGGAGCGUGGUCCCAUGACCUAUACCGGUGUAGAGGGUGUGGCCUUCCUUAACAGCAAAUAUCAGGAUCCCAAUGUUGAUUGGCCGGAUAUUCAGUUUCAUUUUUGUCCCAGUUCCAUUAAUUCCGAUGGUGGGGAUCAAAUCCGCAAAAUUUUAAAUCUUCGGGAUGGCUUCUACAACACGGUUUAUAAACCCAUACAAAAUUCCGAAACCUGGUCCAUUUUACCAUUGCUUCUGCGACCCAAAAGCACGGGGUGGAUACGUCUGAAUUCCCGCAAUCCUCAUCAACAGCCGAAAAUCAUACCCAACUACUUUGCCCAUCAACAGGACAUUGAUGUCCUGGUGGAGGGCAUCAAAUUGGCGGUGAAUGUUUCCGAUACCCAGGCCUUUAAGAGAUUUGGUUCGAGGUUACACAGAAUACCCCUCCCGGGCUGCAAACAUCUCGAGUUUGGCAGUGAUGAAUAUUGGGCUUGUUGUAUUAAGCAAUUUACCUUUACCAUUUAUCAUCCGGCGGGCACUUGUAAAAUGGGUCCAAGUUGGGAUCCCACUGCAGUGGUAGAUCCCCGAUUGAGGGUCUAUGGGGUGUCAGGUUUGCGUGUGGUCGAUGCCAGUAUUAUGCCCACAAUUGUUAAUGGUAAUCCCAAUGCACCGGUUAUUAUGAUAGGAGAGAAGGCAGCGGAUAUGAUUAAGGAGGACUGGGGUGUCAAGGCCCCUUUGGCCAGAAGGCAAGGUUCAUAA